AUGGCUGGCGCCACGCUUUUCACUCUCUUGAUCGUCCUCGUGGUGUAUCUUCUGAGCAUCAUCUACAAGGAACACACGAUUCGACUCGCUCAUGGCAAGCUUGCUGCUCAGCAUGGCUGCCAACCAAUCGCCUCCAAAUACCCACUCAAGGACCGCAUCUUCGGUCUGGACUUCGUUAUUGAGAACCUCAAGUGUAGCUCAAGCCAUUGCUACCUCAUCAACAGUCUGCGCCGCUUCCAGGAAGUUGGAGGCACUUACACCUUGCGCAUCUUCGGUCAUCCGAUGAUACAGUCGAUCGAGCCGGAAAACGUGAAAGCAGUCUUUGCCACCAAAGAGAAGGAUUGGCGACUUGGAGAGUAUAGGACUGUCUCUUUCCGAGAUCUGCUUGGAGUGGGCAUUUUCACCCUCGAUCGCCCGGGAUGGCAGGAAUCUCGCGCUUGGCUCCGACCGGCGUUCGAGAAGAAGCGCACGGCCGAUGUCGAGCUCUACGAACGGCACAUUGGUCACCUUUUUCAGCAACUGCCGCAUGAUGGCAAGACAGUAGUCGACCUGCAGGACCUGUUCCUAAAGUACACCAUGGACUCCUCCACUGAGAUCCUGUUUGGAAAGUCGGUCGACAGCUUGCUUCCCGAAUCGAAAGAGGAUGUGAUCGCCAGUGGCUUUGCAGCGGCAUAUGAAAGCGCAAAAUGGGAUGUAUUCAAGAACGUCCAACUGUAUCCGUUUGGCCAGUUCCGCAGCAAGAAGGCCUUCAAUGCCAACGUUGCCAUUGUCAACCAAUUCGUUGACCGCUACGUAAAAAUGGCCAUUGAUUACCAGGGCAGCUCUGAGGAAGCCGAUCAAGAAGGCGGAUCCGUCUUCAUGAUGGAGUUGGCGAAGAACACCACCGACCUAAAGCGCAUCCGCUCAGAAUUACUGAGUCUCCUGCUCGCCGGACGCGAUACCACAGCGGCUCUCAUCUCGAACACGUUCUUUGUUCUCGCUCGUCGUCCCGACAUCUUGGCGAAGUGCUAUGCCGAGGUUGCCACCUUCAAUGGUGGUUUGCCUACACUCGAGCAGACAAAGAACUCCAAGUACAUCAGCUGGCUGCUGAAGGAGUCCCUCCGAGUGCACACCAUCGUCCCUGUCAACACCCGCACCGCCGCCAAGGACACGAUUCUCCCAGUCGGCGGUGGCCCCGACGGCAAGUCACCAAUCUUCGUCGCGGAGGGCACUCAAUUCGUCUCGUCCAUCUACGCCAUCCAUCGCCGCAAGGACAUCUACGGCGAUGAUGCAGACGACUUUAAGCCAGAGCGCUGGGCAGACGACACCCUCCGGCCCAAAUGGGGAUAUCUUCCCUUCCUCGGUGGUGGUCGUAUAUGCCCUGGUCAAGGCCUUGCCAUGACCGAGGCCGCAUACACAAUCAUUCGCCUUCUGCAACUGUUCAAGGACAUCAAGGCAGAAGAUCCGACGCUCGAAUGGCAAGAAGAUCUCGCCAUUACCUGUUGCAACCUACAUGGUUGCCGAGUCAUCCUGACUUCGGCCUAG